AUGCGAUUCAUCUUCCUACUUGCCCUUGCUGGCAGCACCAUCGCGGCAAAAGCACCCGAAACUGAUGCCCUAGCUAAACACGGGCUCGACCAGCUAUGGCUUGACGUCGCCAAACAUCCCAAUAGCUACUCGACGAAAUGUACCAAACGAACAGUGGCUCGACGUCGCGAAUGGUCCAAACUCAAGCGUUCAGAGAAACUGAAUUACAUUGACGCUGUUCAGUGUACUGGGCAAAAGAAGGCCAGAACUCCGGCUGCUAUCGCUGCGGGAGCUAAGAGUCGUUAUGAUGAUUUCGUUGUUACUCAUAUCUUACUAACGCAAUAUACACACGGAAAUGUCUAUAAGGGCAACUUUCUGUCGUGGCACCGCUACUUCAUGUGGGCGUGGGAACAAACUCUGCGCAACGAAUGCGGGUACAAGGGCUAUCUCCCCUACUACAACUGGGCCUUGUGGGCUGAUAACCCUGCUGCUUCUCCUCUCCUCGAUGGCAGCGACACGAGCAUCUCGGGAGAUGGAGAGUACGUUCCGGGACGCAAUGUCAGCUGCGUGCCUAACCCAGGCCGAUGCUUUGUAGAAAUUCCUCCUGGUAACGGAGGUGGGUGCGUCGCUUCUGGACCCUUCAAGAACUGGAAGAUGCAUGUCGGACCUAUCUCGUCUCUUGACACUACUGUACAGCCAAAUCCAUCCCCUGAUGGUCUUGGCUACAACCCCAGGUGCAUCAAGCGAGACAUCAACACCCGCUCAUCAUCCGAGACCACCGAUGCCAACGUCGCCGGACUAAUCACAGGCAGUGCCAAUAUCUCCGCUUUCCAAAACACGCUUCAGAACCCUUCUCCAGGAAUACUCCGUGUUCAUCUUGGUGGUCAUCAAACAAUCGGUGGCGAUGCUGGUAGCGAUUUCUAUAAGUGA